AUGUCGUUAAAAAUUCAAUUAUACUUCACUCUUACGUUCAUUUCAUUCGCAUACAGUGAGAAUAUAAUUAUAAAAUUAAAAACAAAACAACUCAUCGACAGCAUAAUUUCGGAUACAUCUGUUAAAUAUUUAACGAAACUGGCACAGGUGUUUGCUAAAAAGGCAGCUGAGACUUUUAUAAAGGAAAUAAAGAAUAGAGAACAUUUAUUAGACGAUUCUUUGAGAAUUAACUCAUAUAGCUUUUUAAAAAAGAAACCUGUCCAUAAGAUCAUAUCUACAACGACUAAAAGGAGUGCAACAGUUGAAGAGAGACUAACAGAAGACGAAGCUUACAAACUGCUGGACAAGCCGUAUCCUGAUGGAGAUAACUUAGGGUGGCAUUCUCAAGAGAAGAUUUUAGAUGAUGAAGAUACGGAGACGAAAGCGAUUCCUGUGUACGGUGUCAUGAAAGUCAAUGGAAUUUAUGUGCGAAGGUUGUUAGGCGUUGGAAUGAUUUAACUGUUAAAUUAAAAAGAAGUAAAGAUAACAAUAUGACUAAAAAUAAUUGUAUAAGAAUAGACAUUAAAAUAUGUAAUUAUG